AAAGCAAACCGUUGCGUCCGUCGGAUCCGACCCAGAUGAGAGAAGUGGUGAACUCCUUCACCCACUCACCAUGUGGAGGUCCGCGGGGGACCGGCACCGCCGCGUCGCCGUCCUCUGCCUGCUCGUCGCCGGCAUGCUCGUCGUCACUCACGCGGAGGAGGAGGCGUUGGAAGAUCUGGGAAGUCGUGCGGUUUUCACUGACUACUUCAGGCAACUCAGCCGGGAAAGUAGAGCCCUAAACCGGCCGGCACGGAGCAGCGCUCCGCCUGAGCCUGUGGAGCUUCUGACCCCGGACGACGUGUUCAUCGCGGUGAAGACCACCAGCAAAUACCACCAGAACAGAUUGGAGCUCCUUUUGGACACAUGGAUCUCCAACAAUAUGCAACAUACGUACGUGUUCACCGACGUUGAGGAUGCGGCGCUGAGGAAACGGAUUGGUGUUCACCUGAUCAACACCAAUUGCUCGGCAGCUCACAGCAGACAAGCGCUCUCCUGCAAAAUGGCCGCCGAGUACGACGCCUUCUUAAACUCCGACAGGAAGUGGUUCUGUCACGUAGACGACGACAACUACCUGAACAUGGACGCUCUCUUGGGGCUGUUGUCUCAGUACAGCCACGCGCAGGACAUCUACAUUGGGCGGCCCAGUCUGGAACGCCCCUUAGAGGCCACCGAGACGCUCCCCAACGCUAAAAUGAGGAAGGUAGUUUUCUGGUUCGCCACAGGGGGUGCCGGCUUCUGUCUUAGCCGCGGCCUCGCCAUCAAGAUGAAACCGUGGGCCAGUGAGGGGGCGUUCUUGUCGACGGCCGAGCGUAUCCGUCUGCCGGACGACUGCACUGUGGGCUACAUCGCAGGGGCGCUGUUGGGAGUAGGCCUCACCCGCUCACCACUUUUCCACUCACACCUGGAGAGCCUGGCACUGUUGACGCGGGUGCAGGAACAGGUGACUCUCAGCUACAGCAUAGACGAGAGAAACACCAUCAAUCUCAAAGGAUCUUUUCCAAUACAACAAGAUCCAACCAGGUUCAAGUGUGUGCAUUGUGUGUUGUAUCCACACACACAAUGGUGCCAGCGCUGAAUGCAUCCAGCCAAUAAAAAAGAAAAAUUCUCCUGUUUUUGGGAAUUAAGGAUCUGGGAAAAGACAAGAAAGACAUUUGUCCAGGCCUGAACUAACUAACUCUUUAUGAGAAGUCCAAUCGUUGGACGUGGUAAAAUAUUUUUAUUAAGAAAUCUGGAAAUGUUUGAAAUAACAAGCCAUACCAUCAAUUUAGCACUCUUAAUACUAAGAUGUGUUAACCUGAAAAAGGCAUUUUGGGUUUGGGAGGGCGAGGGUUCAUCCAAAGCACCAAGAAAAGUCAUUUUUCUUGUUGUCUGGACUUAUUUGAUUUAAUUUUUUCAAAAGAAGUGAUUUUUCAGGUUAAAGUUCAAACACUUUUCUUUUAAUACAAACUACUAAGAAAAGUCAUUUCUUUUUUGGAUUAGUCAAAAAAGUUGGCUUUUAUUAACAUUUUAUCUGC